CUUUCCGGGCACCACGUGACUUCCUUUCCGGUCUAACCUGACAACAUGGACGCCAGCCGCGUGCAGCCGAUCAAGCUCGCAAGAGUCACCAAGGUUCUCGGAAGGACCGGUUCCCAGGGACAAUGUACACAGGUCCGUGUUGAGUUCAUGGACGACAGCAACCGCUCCAUCAUCAGGAACGUGAAAGGCCCAGUCAGAGAAGGAGAUGUGCUGACACUUCUGGAGUCUGAGAGAGAAGCCAGGAGGCUGCGAUAGGGCCCGCUGAAGCUGAGGUGCCAGUCCAACGCCAUGUCGUCAGUUUCAUCUGCAGUGGACUCCAUCUUGCUUGUUCAGAUGUUUUGAAAUAAAUUUGGGUAUUGAGAUGA